AUGGCUAAUCAAUUGGAUGAUUCUAAUCCUCUAAUUGAAGAGAAAAAUGGUGACAAUGACAGUGAUGAAAAUGAUGAGGAUACGAACUCAAAAUUAUCAAACCACACAGCUCCUAUCUCGACAACAACAACAACAAAUUCAUUAUUUCCAAAUAAAUUAUCAUCGCUAACCAAUAAUAAUCAGUCAAUAUCUCGUUCAAAAUCACCUUCCCGUUAUUCGACGUCUACAACGACACCAGAUCGUGCAUUAAAUCAAAAAUUUCAUGUAGCCGCAUUUAGCGGUAAUUUGAGUGUAUUAAAAGAACUUUUAACAAAAGCUCGUUUACCAAUCGACUGUCGUGAUAAAGAAAAUUCAACCGCUCUAUUAUUAACUUGUGCUCGAGGACAUUAUGAUUGUAGCGAAUUUUUAAUUGAAAAUGGUAGUGAUGUAAAUGCUCGUCGCUUAACGGGAUCAACAGCUCUCUAUUUCGCUUCAUCUCAGAGACACACACGUAUUGUUGAAUUAUUAUUAAAAAAUAAGAGUAUCGUAGAUAUAUCAACAUUUGAUGGUGCCACUUCAUUACACGUUGCAAGUGAAAAAGGCUACGAUGAUGUUGUCAAAUUACUUGUAGAUUAUAAUUCAAAUGUUAAUGCAAAAAUGAAUGAUCAAACAACAGCUCUAAUGUUAGCAUGUCAAAACGGACAUUUAAAAGUUGUACAAAUUUUAAUUGAAUCAAAUCAAAAAGUUGAUCUCAUUGCCCAACGAUUAGAUGGUAUAACCGCUUUUUUUGGUGCUGUUCAACAUGGUCACGAAGAUAUAAUCGAUUAUUUGUUAGAGAAAAAAGGCAAUGAUGACAAUUUUUUAACAACAAUCGAUCAACAACGUGAAGAUGGAGCAACGCCAUUAUUUAAAGCGUGUCAAAAAGGUUAUGGUUCCAUUGUUAAAAAAUUAUUGAGAUAUAAACCAAACAUAAAUCUAUUAAAAAAUGGAGAAUCUUGUUUACAUGCUGCAACUAUGUUUAGUCAUUUAGACAUUGUUAAAAUAUUAAUUGAAUACGGCUCAGAUGCCUUACUAAACAAUUGGGAAGGUAUGACGGCUGUUGAUUUGGCAAAAGAAUUAUCAUCGGCUGGGGGAAGAGACAUUUUAGAUUAUCUAAUGGUAGCACUGAAACCAAAAUUAAGCGAACAUGCAAGACAAUAUUUAAUGCAUAAGAGUACAAGACGAACAGAUGCCGAUUUUGAUCUGGAUAUAAUUGGAAAUGACGAACCAGAUGAUUGGAAAUUAUAUAAAAGUUUGAAAAGUGCCAAACAAUUAGAGUUACUAGAAGAAGAAAUUGCUCAUGAUGGUACAAUGGUAAUACCAACAACAACCAAAAAACGGACAUCAAUAACGAAUAAAUCGGCGUUGGCUGAUAUACCACAUCGAUCCCAUCAAGGUGCACGAUCAGCACCAAGUCGACACCGCUAA